AAAAAUCAGUAAGGAAACUCACGGACUCUCCUUGGUUGGAGAGUUUACCAGUGCCUGGGAAAUAAUCCAGAACGUACGGGGACUGAACAGUCCUUACAGUGGAUCGCAGUACAGAUGGUAGAGAAGAGGGCCGCUCUGUGGACUGCCGGCAGGGGACAGUAGUCACUGAAGUCAAAGGCGCUCAGACCAGGGAGACUGGCUGCUGGGAGGACCAUCUUCUGCCCACUGCUGCUCUGAGCGGGCAACUUUGUGUGCUGGGCAGCGGGAGCGAGUCUGAUGCCCAGGACCCUGGAGACGCAGAUCACACUGGAGAAGACGCCCAGUUAUUUUGUCACCCAGGAGGCCCCGCGACGGAUCUUCAACAUGUCCCGGGACACCAAGCUGAUUGUGGUGGUGCGGAACCCGGUGACGCGCGCCAUCUCUGACUACACACAGACACUGUCCAAGAAGCCCGACAUCCCGACCUUCGAGGGCCUCUCCUUCCGCAACCGCAGCCUGGGCCUGGUGGACGCGUCCUGGAACGCCAUCCGCAUCGGCAUGUACGCGCUGCACCUGGAGAGCUGGCUGCGCUACUUCCCGCUGGCUCAGAUCCACUUCGUCAGCGGCGAGCGGCUCAUCACCGACCCCGCGGGCGAGAUGGGGCGCGUGCAGGACUUCCUGGGCAUCAAGAGGUUCAUCACGGACCAGCACUUCUACUUCAACAAGACCAAAGGGUUCCCUUGCUUGAAAAAAACCCAGUCGAGCCUGCUGCCUCGCUGUCUGGGCAAAUCCAAAGGGAGAACUCAUGUACAGAUCGACCCUGAGGUGAUAGACCAACUCCGGGAGUUUUAUAGACCUUAUAAUAUUAAAUUUUAUGAAACCGUUGGGCAGGACUUCCGGUGGGAAUAAACCACCCCAGAGUUCUUCCCUGGUCUGCGGUGAGGUUUGCUGUGCAGCCUCUGGGCCUCCUCUCUCAACAGACUUGGCCUCCAGCCACCUCCCCUCUUGGGCUCCCCACUUUUGGACCAGGAAGUUCCCAAGGCUGAGGCCAAGAGAUGGGGUUCCCUGGCACUGGUUCUCACCGAUCUGCCCUCUUCCACAUCCAUUUGACUCCAGAAUUGUCUCCCUUCCACCUCAAGGGAAUUGCUGUGAGGAGAGCGUAUCUUCCAGUGAUCACAGAAAUUAUAAGUGGUGGCAGUCCUGUUGCUGUGAACACAGCCCUCUGUUCCUGUCACCGGCCACCCAGGAAUGGGCUUGUUAAUUCCAGGUGGCAUGUACUUUCCCUGAGCUUACUUCCCCAGAGCAGCCCUGGGUGGUGGGAUGGGAGAGCAUCCUCAGUCCUUCUCAGAUCUUACAGAGAUCACAAAGCUAGAAGUGCCCCUUUGAUGAUCAUAGAAGGCCAUGAUUUCUAAACCUGUGGUCCCAACUGUGCUUGGAGGACACUCUUUCAAAACCACUUUGUGGCUCUCCCUGCUCCCUGUGAACAAAAGCACAUAACUCUGCUGUUACGGGUACUUUCCUCAUGCGAGCUUUCGUGUGUAGCAUGCAACGGAAUCAUGCUUGUCCCUGUGAAAUAAAUAUGGCUCUCUUGUGUCCUUAACUACACUGAACUUUUUCUCUGUAAGCCAGGCCUACUGCGUGCUCAGUUUAUUUACCUCCUCCCAGUGCUAAGUGCAGCUGGU